UCCAGCGCCCAACUCGGUCCACCAAGCACUCUCCACUCACACAACACGCAUCUUCUUCGCCACCGCAUCAGCCCAGUCUCCGCCGCCACAAUCCUGAUGGCUCGCUUCGCCGUGGUCGCCGCCAUCGUUGCCCUCCUGGCCGUCACCGCCGCUGCGCAGGCCCCGGCCGCCGCCCCCACCCAGGCGCCCAAGGCGGCCCCACUUCCGCCUCCCCCGGCGAGGUCCCCAGCCACCGCCCCCGCGCCGGUCGCCACCCCGCCCACCGCCGCGGCGCCGUCCCCUCUGGCGUCUCCUCCGGCCCCGCCCACCGACGCACCCACCGCCUCCGCGCUCACCCCCACCCCCUCCGUCUCCGCCCCGGCCGGCGCGCCCGCCGUGAACAGCGCCGCCGCGUGCGCCUCAGUGGUCAGCUUCGUGGCCGUCGCCGGCGCGGUCGCCGCUGCCGUCCUGUUCUAGAUCAUGUGACUGUACCGUGAUUGGCGGUUGCUAGCUACUUUUGUUUAUAGAACUAUAUCAUAUUGUUUUCGAAAUUCUUUUUAGACACUGAGAGCAUCAGCGAUGUGCGGGAUUAUUGCAGUGUAUCAUGAUGAGAUGAUCAUCAAUGCAAUUCUUUCAUUUGUUACUACUCUUA